AUGCUUAUAAAUAAAGGAACAAAUAAUCCGAAAGGAUAUGAGCGUGUGUUUGCAAUAUGGAACUUUUGUGCUUGUGGUAUAUUAUUUGCAUGUUCCCUUAAGAGACCACGAAAUCCCGAAUUGAGGUACGGAAGAAACCGCCGAGUGAUAUCUCAUGAUACAGUUGCGUCUAUAUGGUCUUUCCUCACUUUCGGGUGGAUGUCAUCGAUGAUUAAGUUGGGUAACAGGCGUAAUCUCACAGAAGAGGAUUUAUGGGAAUUACCAUAUAGGUGUCAAGCUGCUCAUUGCUACUAUGAAUUAGAUCGACUACUAGAGUACAUAUCUAACAAUAAAAAUAAUGAAUAUACUGAAGAACCUUAUCUUUAUGUAUUUGGAAUUUUAUGUUCUGAACUUGCUAGAAUCAUUUUCUUAAAUCAGUUGAACUAUCAAGUAGUGUGGCUAGGCAUCCGUGUGGAACAAAUGCUGAGUGUUUUGGUGUACUCGAAACAAUUACAUAUAAAGACUUCGUCCAGAUCUAAUAAUAGUAGGCAAAAUAAUAUUCUAACAACAGAUGUUGGUGAUAUUGCUGGCUUCUUUUCCAAUCUUCCUUUCAUUGUGACAAUUCCAUUGGAAAUUAUUGUAGCAAUAGUAUAUUUAUAUUACUUAUUGGGAGUUUCUAGCAUUAUUGGUGUGGCAAUUAUGGUAUUGUGUCUUUUGAGCAAUAAAAGGUUCGGAAAACGCGUCUCUCGAUUACAAAAACGGGUCAAAAAGGCAAGAGAUGAAAGAGUCAGUGAUAUUUUUGAAUUACUUCAUAUAGUCCGUACAAUAAAAAUGUAUGGUUGGGAAAAAAGUUUUCAUGAAAGAUUAAUGUACUCUCGUCAAAUUGAAUUAAAUCACCUUCGUCGUUUAUUUUGGCGCACUACGUUUCUCACUUUACUAGUCCACCUUACUCCAUUCCUUGUUACAUUGUUUGCCUUUGGCUUUUAUACAUCUGCAUUUAAUCAACAUCUUACUGCUGCUAAAGCUUUCACAAGUAUUAUAUUGUUUAACACUUUAAAACAACCAUUACAAAAUUUCCCAAAUUUGGUAGUCGAACUCGUGGGACUUAGUGUAUCAGUAAGACGUCUAGAAAGGUUUUUAAAUGAGGUUGAUAUUCAAAAAGACACUUCAACUUCUAGUUCAUACACCAAAUCCAUAGUUGGUUUUAGUGGUGUUGAUAUUUCUUGGAGUUAUGAUAUGAAUAUCCAGGAUCCCAAUGAUUUCUCAUUGAGGGAUGUGAAUGUAGAUUUUCCACUUGGACAAUUAAGUAUUGUUUGUGGCCAAAAAUCUUCUGGAAAAACACUUCUUUUUCUCUCGCUUCUUCGUGAAACGUUUCUAUUCCGUGGUGUUAUUAAUUUUCCCUCAAAUUCAGUCGCUUAUGUUCCGCAACAAGCAUGGUUAGAAAAUACAACUAUUCGAGAUAAUAUAUUAUUUGGUUCCGCUUUUGUAGAAGAACAUUAUUGGAAUAUCGUUGACGCUUGUUGUUUAAUUAAGGAUUUUGAAAAUAUGGAUGAAGCAGAUUUUACUAAGUGUGACGAAAAAGAUUUAAUCUUAAAAGAUGAACAAAAGGCUCGUAUAGCACUCGCGAGAGCAUUAUAUAGUCCCGCACAAAUAUUGCUUUUGGAUGAUUUUUUGUCAACUAUGGAUCCAUCAACAGCACAUCAAAUUAUUGAAAAAUGUUUAAAAGGUCCAAUUGUUAAUGGACGGACUGUGAUAAUUGCAACAAACUAUAUUCGUUCUCUUUUAGACGUUGCUGGCUAUAUUGCAAUACUUGGUAAUAGAACUGUUUUAGCAAAGGGCACCCCCGAAGAAGUACGUGAAUCAGGUCUUUUAGAUGAUGAAAUUCUUGGAAAUGACGUAGAUAUAGAGAAAAGUCAAGAUAAAAAAUUUCGGACCUCUAUAAAUAAAAAUUUUGAAAAAUAUAUCACUGAUAAGAAAAUUUGGGCAGCAGAAGAAGUACAACCUCAAGGAAAGAUCCCAUUCAAAGUUUAUCUUUACUACUUUAAAUCUAGUGGAGGCCUGUUAAUGUGGUUUAUAUUAAUUUUUUUGUUCAUAACCAUUCGAGUUUUAACUGUGGGUGAGACUUAUUGGUUAAAUAUAUGGUCAGAAGCUCCUAAUAAAAAUAAAAAAACAUCAUCCGAACUAUUAGACUAUGCUACUUCAGUAAACCCUUUAUUUUAUAUAGGCAUAUAUGCUAUUGUUGCCCUAAGUUCUACCAUUUUUACAUUUGUUCGCAUGGUUUGGCAACUUUUUGUUUCUCUUAAAGGUUCAAAGGCCUUGUUUUCAGAAUUGCUUAAUGUUAUUUUAAGGGCACCCUUGAACUUUUUUGAUACCGCGUCUCUUGGGACGAUUAUGAAUAGAUUUUCUAAAGACCUGGGUAUAAUAGACCAGAGCCUUAUGACGGUUGUUUCGAGUUUCAUUGGAAAUAUUGUCGGCGUAAUAAGCGUACUUGCUGUGGUUACCGCCGUAACAUAUGAGUUUUUAUUUGUCUCCCUUGUUGUUGUCGUGUCAUAUAUUAUCAUUGGAAGUAUGUAUAUUCACGCUUCAAGGGAGUUAAAACGCCUGCAAUCCAUAACCCGCUCACCUGUUGUCUCUUGGUUUAGUGAGACAGUGGUGGGUAUUGCAACGAUUCGAGCAUUUAACGUUGAACAGCGAUUUAUUAAAACUUUCAUUGAUCGACUGAAUACAUCAAAUCGAACAACAUAUCUUCUUCAUAUGUCUAACCGAUGGAUGUCUGUUCGCUUGGGUUGCAUAGGAGCUAUUGCAUCAUAUUUUUCGGGUAUUUUUAUUCUAUGGAAUUCUGAACGUAUGAGUGGUGGCUUGGCAGGUUUUUGUCUAAGUUAUGCUCUUGGAUUUGUUCAGAUUGUGUUUAUGCUGGUUAAGGAUUAUUCAUCCAUGGAAAACGGCCUAAAUAGUGUGGAACGUGUUAAGGAAUAUAUUGAUAUGCCACAAGAACCUUUAUCAAUUGCAAGCGCACGUCCUCCAGCUGCAUGGCCGACCAGCGGUAAAAUUGAGGUGUCUAAUCUAACAGUUAACCAUGCAUCACGAGGUGAACCUGUACUCCAGAAUAUUUCAUUUUAUAUUCUGGAUAAAGAAAAAAUUGGUAUUGUUGGAAGAGCAGGAGCUGGUAAAUCUACUUUGGCGAAUUCAUUCUUAAGGCUAGUGGAAGCUACUGAAGGCCGGAUUGUGAUUGAUGGAAUUAAUAUUGCAGAUAUUAGUUUUGAAGAUCUUAGGUCAAGAUUGGCUAUCAUAUCUCAAGGGACUAUUCGGUCAAAUUUGGACAUUCAGUUAGAAUAUGAUGACCAUGACUUAUGGGAAUCAUUAAGGAGAGCUCGUCUUGUUCAUAUGGAGAUAGAAGAAAAUUUACCAAACAGACAAUCCUUAAUAAUUGGGCCGAUAACAAGCUUAGACGAUCCAGUUAAUGAAGGCGGUAGCAAUUUCUCCCGAGGCCAAAGGCAAUUAUUAUGUUUUGCGAGGGCGUUAUUAAGACAACCUAAAAUAAUUAUUAUGGAUGAAGUAACUGAUAAUCUUGACACAGAGACAGAAAAAAAAAUACAAGAAAUUAUUCAUGAUGAGUUUCAACAUUCCACAGUUUUGAAAAUUUCACACCAAUUUAAAAAUAUUAUAGAUUCGGAUCGAAUUCUUGUUCUUGACAAAGGAGAAAUUGUCGAAUUUGAUACGCCGCGUAAUCUUUUGAUGAACCCCCAAAGUUUAUUUAGUCAGUUAUGUGAACAAGAUGAUGGAAUGGGAAUCGAAAUUGAAGAGCAGGACGAUGAGCAAACAGAACGUGAGUCAGAACACGAGGUGGAUGAAGAACGAGAAGAAAAUGAUCCACUGGAGAUACUCGAUGAGCAACAUCACAGAGAUGACUAUGAAGUUCAGGAAGAGAACUCUGAAUAG